CAGAGGUAGUAGGCGUGCACAUAUCAUCGAAACAUUAACCAGGUGAUUUUUCCUCGCACAUUUCCUCUCGUUUUCUUCCUCCAAGCUGCACCGAAGAGACGACUUCUGCGACACGAGGAAACAAAAUAACUUUACUGGAACAAUGCAGGAACCGAACAGGAGCAUCUCUUCAGAUCUAGACCCUUAGGAAUCCCACUCAUGGCUACCGCCUUGGCACCCGCAUUUUGAAAGAGAGCAAUCUACCGAAAUCACGGGACGGGAGUUUUAUAAAGCGAGGAGCGAGUCUCUUCUGUGAUUCAGAUGGCGGGACACGAGUGGGAUGAUUGGUUUGAACGGGAGGAAUUGAUCGGGCAGAUCAGCGACAUCCGAGUGCAGAAUCUGCAAGUUGAGAGGGAGAUGGUGCAGAAGAGAACAUUCACCAGAUGGAUGAAUCUACAUCUAGAGAAGUGUAACCCUUCUAUGGAGGUACGGGAUCUUUUCCGGGAUAUCCAAGAUGGACGGAUUCUAAUGGUCCUACUUGAAGAGCUCUCAGGAUGCAAACUGCUGCAUGGGUUUAAGCCAUCCUCGCAUCGUAUUUUCAGGCUCAAUAACAUCGCCAAAGUAUUGACGUUUCUUGAGGAAAGAAAUGUGAAAUUAGUCAGCAUUGAUGCAACAGAUAUCGCAGAUGGCAAUCCAUCCAUAGUGCUCGGGCUUAUCUGGAAUAUCAUCCUCUUUUUCCAGAUCAAGGAACUCACAGGGAACAUUAAGAGUCAGUUCCCCUCCUCCUCCAGCCUGUCAUCCAUUCCCACCAGCUCCGAUUCAGAUACUUCUCACUCCAGCACCCCCUCAGAAGAGAGGAAGCCCACCAUUGCUCCAAAAGGUCACGGGAAGGUGAUCAAAACCCUCCUGCAAUGGGUCCAGAGACGUACAAGAAAAUAUGGAGUUGCUGUACAGGACUUUGGGAAGAGCUGGACAAGUGGCCUGGCUUUUCUUGCUGUGAUUAAGUCCAUUGACCCCAGUCUGGUAGAUAUGAGGAGAGCCCUGCUUAGAUCACCCAGAGAGAACAUUGAGGAAGCCUUCAGAACAGCACACUACAGUCUUGGCAUCCCAAGGCUCCUGGAACCUGAGGAUGUGACCUUGAAUCCCCCUGAGGAACAAUCCAUAAUGAUCUAUGUAUCCCAGUUUUUGGAGCACUUUCCUGGAAUUGAAGAGGAGGAGACGUCAGAUAUUCUGGAAAGAAGUAAAAUCACUGCUCGAACGAACGAUCCUCCUUUUCGGAAUGACGUACAGAGGAAACGAGAGUAUUAUACGGUCAAGAGAGACUUGGUUCAGCCACCACCCAAGAUCUUCAUCUCCUCUGUGUCUGAAGAUCGUGAACAGAUCACCUCCCCUGUCCCCUCACAGACCCCUGAGGACAGACCCUGGGCCAGUGAAGGGUCAUCCAUGGGUUCUAGUCCUGCAGAUGACAAGCCUCUGGACCUGAACAAAGACGUGUCCACCGACUCCGCAUUCAACUCACCAGACUCGUGGAUAGAGGAACCAAGUGAAACUACUCAGCAAGAGAACAGUCAGUGGAUCAAAGAUGAUCCAACAAUCGAGAGCAGUAUGCCUGGUGAGAGGUAUUCGACCACCCCUAGCGAAAUGACCUCAGAUCUAGGUUCACCAUUUUCACAAGUUAGCACUACAGAGAACCAGUUGGACCAAGAGCUUUUCAUAGAUCAGGGCAGUUAUUCCCUCGGCUCCAUAGAUAGUUUACAUGCCAAAUCAACAUUGCCACCUGAAGAGGAGGAAGCUUACAAAUACAUCUUGGAUCUUAACAAGAAAGAAUCUGAUAAUCAUUUGCCAAGCGAAGACAUGAGGAAUAAAUCUGAUGCAGUAAACUUAGAACAAACAGAAACAGAACAUUCGGAAUACCAGGAAUCAGACAAGCCACCUCCUGAUUUGCAAAGCGACUCAGGAUACAAUCAGGAUUAUAAGGAAGCCAUGCAAGCUCAACCUGAGGGUGUUAGCGAGGCUCCAUUAAUUACUGCCAUUGAUGAAGAAGUGGGUGCACUUGAAAUGAAAAUUGAAUUUGAAGCUUUUCAGUACAAUGAGUCUUCCAAUACAGGAGCCAUGCAUAGGAACUGUCUCGAAUUUACAGAUAGUGCUAAGGAAAAGCCAAAUGUUUUUAAGGAUGAGACUGAGCCCGAAUGCCCAGUUCUCCAGUAUGAGAGGGUUUCCAUAUCAAGUGAGGAAGACAUUAAAUUGUGCACAGAUCUAACUGAAGAACAUACAGAGGAAUCAGAUGUAAACAAUCUUCCAAAUAUCUUAAAUGGUCAUGCUGAGACCAAGGAGGACCUCCAAGACGGGGAACCAAGAGGUGUUUUAGAAAGUGAAGAGAAGAAACAGAAUAAUAAUGACCAAAAAGAACCUUUGGUGUUGUCAGAUCCGUGCCAAAUAGAAGCAGAAGUUUCUGAUGAAGAUCACAUGUGUUACAUGUGUGGAGCUCCAGUGGCAAAGAGCUUGACUGAAUCCAUUGAACAAUAUGCAGAUUCAGACUCGGUGCAUUUAAGUGUGUCAGAAACAGGUGGAAACUUUAGGGAAAAUCCAAGAGAGAAUGAUGCAUUAAAUGGAAUUGUAAGUGUUCUCGAGAAUAAGCCAGGAGAGACUAAAAGUAUUUGCAGGGAUCAACGUAAGAGCAUGUUAGAAAGUGGAUCAGAGAGCAGAAGGGAGAAGGAAUUUUCACACAAUUCAAAUGGUGAAAGCCAAGUUCAGGUUUCAGCCAACAAGGAGCCUGGCGAGGCCAAAGAUAACAGGCCCAUGUCUGUAAUUCCCCGUGAUGUAGUGGACUAUGAUGUUCCCAAAUCUGACAGCAACAUCCGUGAGGGAGAUAAGAACUCCUCUACCUCAUCUCCAAGGCACAGACCGCAGCUAGGAGUAGCCAAAAGUGAGCAGACUGUCACAGAUCAAACAUCUGGUGGUCAUUCCUAUGAGGAAACUACUUUUAUCGGUGUCCACCCUGAAAGACGGCCGACGGAGCUCCGCUUGGCCCUAAGCGUGACACCACUCCAGCCUGCACCUCCUAAGUGCUCGCUUACUGAAUCCGACACAGACACCGAAGAUGCUUCAGAGGGCCACGGCGAGGGACUUAAGCAGAGAAAGGCAAGAGUUGGAUCUGUGCAUAUCCAGGAGCAGAGCCCAUUUGACAGGCACCCAGGAGAAUGGGGCGCGGGGGAGCCUGAUUCGCCCGCUGAGCACUGUGAGCUCAUUAAGACAGAUGAAGACUUGACCAGUGCCAGAGAAAACACUGGGACUCCGAGGGAAGAAGCUGUCACAGAUGCAAGCCAACCUUUGACUACUAUACAUCUGAGAAAGGUUGUUGACACCAGUGAAUCAAAGCAGGGACAAAAUGGGAAGGCCAUAGAUGUCAAAGUUAACAGUACCAUCUCAAAGAAAAGCUUGGAGAACAAGACUGCUGCAAGUCCAGAAAGCACAUAUGAUAUAACCUGGGUUGACAUCUACAUUCUCUUGGCUUCUUGGCUCUUCGUCUACUGCCUUUUUGUCCUGCCACAGAUUGACCCGCAGACACUUCCUAAACUCCUCUUCAACAUAGAUGAAUGACUCGUAAUUAUAACAUGCACAAAGGUCUGAUCAAGAUUCUUAUAAUUAACAUGAACUAAGACCCCUGACCAAUGGUUUGAUCUUUUAAGACUAACUUAAAAGGAUAGCACAUUUCGCUUUAUAUUGAUUCGUUUUGUUGCCUUUUAUUUCCUUACAUAUCUGCUCACAAAGACUAAUGGAAAGCUUCUUUUUGGUUAUUGGUAAUCAGUCAACUUUUACUGGAUAACCUUUGGAUAAAUGUAUAUACGUAUGUUAUCUGCACCUAAUUUUAUGGUACACAUGCUACGUAACAUUUCGAUUAUUUAUAAUGCUUCUGAAGAACAUGCUUUUUGGCCAUUUAUGUGGUUUUUGCUUACACUAUAUGAAGAAACAAGCAUCUGCAAGACUGUGCAACUGUUUGUACAAAAAUAAGUGAAGGUUUUUGGUAUGCUUUAAAGCUAAUGUGCUAGGAGAUUUUUGAAUGUAUCUUACAAAAGUGAACACAUCAGUCUUGCGCCUUUUUAUUUCUAUGUAGUCAACAAAGGUUUUUCAGCACAAACAGAUGCUUAGAUGAUAUUCCAGUAAGUUUAAACUACAUUUUUUAAGAGAUGAGGCCAGGGUAUCUGUGGCACAUAUUUUAUAAAGGAAAACCAUAUAGGCCUUUCUAAGUUAUAAAGGAGCUGUUAUGGUGUCAGCAGAACUUUUUUAAAUUCAAGACAAGAACUGCCAAAGAUUCAGUUAAAGAAACUGAAAACUAACCCAGACACAGUGAACAGAUUAUACAAUAGACUAUUAUUUUAACAAUAAAUUCUGCACUUUCACACACACAUAUAUAUAUAUAUAUAUAUAUAUAUAUAUAUAUAUAUAUAUA